AUGGAGUUAAAUUCACCACCACGAAGAGCCACAACGUCGCCUAUAAAUAUACCAACGGGCAAUAGACGCGAUCCGAUACUCGAGCCACACUCACACAGUUUCAAGACCGAUCCGUUUUCCAGUAACAAUAGUAGUUUGGUAUCUAAAGCUUCCGCCAAUCCGAGUUUGGAGAGCCCUUUCUCUUCAAAGUCUCUACUAGAUUGUCUCCCUGUACAAGCAAUAAAGAAGUCCUUAGAAUUAGAAUCGAACAGCCAUGACCUAGACGCCAAAACAGCUGGAGGAAACCAAGAAAAUGUCUUGAACAUAGCAGAUUUCUCCACAGAUGAACUCAUACAAAUGAUAAGUGCACUACUAAACAGAAUAGUAACUGCAAACGAUGAAUAUGCAGAGAUUUCACAACAAGUAUCGAAAGAUAACCAAGAUGAACUCCUGGCUCCAAUCCUGGCCUUUUACGGGAAGAGCGUUCCUGAGAUCUCCGUGGUCCAAUAUUUGGAAAGAAUCCAAAAAUACUGUCCCACCACAAAUGACAUCUUUCUUUCUUUGCUUGUAUAUUUUGAUAGGAUCUCCAAAAAGUAUGGGCACUUUUCUGACCGAAAUGCCCAUACAAAGCAAAUGUUCGGUAUGGACUCUGGGAACAUUCAUAGAUUACUCAUAACUGGCAUCACGAUUUGCACAAAAUUUCUAAGCGAUUUUUUUUACAGUAACUCUCGAUACGCCAAGGUUGGAGGGAUUUCACUGCAAGAGUUGAAUCAUCUGGAAUUGCAGUUCCUAGUACUAUGCGAUUUCAAGUUAUUGGUCUCAGUGGAGGAAAUGCAAAAAUAUGCAAAUUUGUUAUAUAAAUUCUGGAACGAUCGAUAG